AUGGUUGUACUGAGUCGAGUUGGCUCGCCGACGAUGUCAGCGACUGUUGCCGGUAAUCAGCAACAGCAACACCCCCACCAAGAAUGGGACAUCAACGACUCGAGCGUCCCACGGGUCGCCGAGUACGACUCCUGGUCCGAAUGGGCCGACGGCCACGUGAGGAAAGUGUACGGGCCCGAUUGCGAGGAAGCGAGAAGACACGCUUCCGGCUGGGCGAUGCGAAAUACGAACAAUCACAAUGUCAGUAUUUUGAAAAAAUCGUGUCUCGGAGUCUUGGUGUGUUCGCAAGGGUGCGUUCUACCAGGCGGUGGCAGGGUACACCUCAGACCAGCGAUUUGUGACAAGGCGAGGAAAAAGCAACAAGGAAAACCUUGUCCAAACAGGCAGUGCUCGGGUCGCUUAGAAAUAUUGUCGUGUCGUGGUCACUGCGGUUAUCCAGUAACACACUUUUGGAGACACACGGAACACGCAAUAUUCUUCCAAGCCAAGGGGCAGCACGAUCACCCCCGACCGGAGGCAAAAUCGACCUCGGAAGCGAGGAGAAGCGCUGGAGCUGGCAGGCGAGUUCGAGGACUCGCUGUUCUGCUCGCCCGAGACGCUGCCCUUGGAACUAAGCUCCUGUCCUUGAGAGGCACGAAGCGACUGAACUCCGAAAACUUGGCGCCACCUCCGAGAAGCGCUCAACCACCACCGUUAAUCUCGGACAAAGGAUAUUCUUGUUCGUGUUCUCCCUUCGAGUGCGUGUGCGGAGUUGGAGCGACAGGAGUUCCUUACAACAAUCAAUCGAACGGGCAGCAAACGACUUUGUACAACGCUCAAGGUUCGUCGAACGAGGGUUAUUGGGUGCACGAAAACAUGCACGAGGGUAGUCCGAACAAUCACGAGAGUCAGGCGACGAGCAGCGGUUAUUGUCUGCCGAACCAGCACGUCGCCCAGGAGGCUUCUUACCCGGAUUUUCCUUCGUUUCCGAGCGACAUUUUCCAGCCCGAAGAAAUAUUUCAGUUGGACCAGCCUCUGAGGGCGGAUUUCCCGGUGAGUUCGGGGAGCGUGGACCGUUCGCCGGCGAGUUUGCUUGACCUUGGGAGCGGCACGAUAAAAUACGAGGUUAAAGGGGGCGAGCAGUCGUACUGGAAUCAGCUGUUGAGCGACGACUCGAGCAGCAGCAAUCCGAGCCAAUCGCAGACGGCGGAUGAGCGAAUUAACUUUCCGAGUUUCGAUUCCUCCAAAACUGUAAUCGAUCAUUACGAGAGAAGGGAGAACAAUUCGAGCGAGGAGCAUUACGCGAUCUACGGGAGAUCCCAAGUCGAGAAAAUUUACGCGAAUGAUUCCCGAAAAAACGAUCAAUCCUACUGGAGCGAUACGAGCGAGCGGCAAGAUUACCAAAACUACGCGUGUUCUAAACCAGAAGAGGGCGCUGGCAUCGAUUCCCGGAGAUCGAUCGAUUGUUACCUUGCCCCGAGCAAGAUGAUCGAUAAUUCCUCGAUUUACCAGCAAAAGUCCAUGUCCCACGGGGCGUGUGACGAUAAAAUUUCUAAAACUAGUCAAACUACCUUAAUCAACGAGCCUAAUCACUCGAUUUUCACGCCUUUCGACGAUUAUCAUCGUCUCAUGGUCGAACCUACUUUACCGACGAAAGCUAACAUGGCUCAAUCGAUAAGCGAGCACGAAAUCUUGCAACAGAAUCGAAUCCUCGACGACAGGCUCAACUACGUUCAUUCGGAGGCCCACAAUCCUUCGAACAACGGGAAUUCCGUCAGUGAGAGGCUCUUCGACGGCCACGAUUCGAGGGUAGGAGCCCAAAGAACCAGCCCCGAAACUUUUUUUUAUCCUGCCAACGAGCGCUGUCAAUACACCUGUGAAAUUCUCGACACGAGAUUGCCCAAUUUAACCAACACCAAUCCCUGCACCAACAUCAACUCUUACGGCGAUGUUUCCGACCUCGAAUUACCCGCUUUCGUCGACUACACCCUCGUCGGCAUGCUCUGCAGCCCCGGAGACAACAAUCCCUCGAACAACAAUAAUAUGGUCAGUAAUUGUGCCCAAAACACUCAAACUUUCGUUCCCCACCAUUAAGCCCAAUUAUUUGAGGUUAUGACGCGAAUCGACGCUUCAAAAUUUCGGCAUUUUUUUCUCCGCAACCGAACAACUAAUUGGGAUUCAACUGACGUCAUUUUACCCAGAAAAAUGGCAAAAGUCAGUUCGAUUUUUCCAUCUCGAGCGGCCACUUCACUUUUAAAUAAAAAAAUCAAAUAUCUUCGAAUCAGGACGUGCAGUGAAAAUCUCAAAAGUGGCAACGCAUGCAAAAAAGUGAAAAAAACUUCGAAAAUCACCGCAAUAUCGAUUACGUGCACUGAUGCGAGAAAAGACCGAAUUCCUGCUCAAAAUUCCGUUGCGUCGACGAUCUCGACGCGUCCGAUUCCGGCGGUCGUGAUGCGUCGCAAUCCAGGGAGCUUUUGUUCCCCCCAAAAAAACGAACGAGAAAACAAGACUCAAUUCUCCAUUCUCCGAGUCUUUAGAGAUCCCUCAAAACUGUACUUAUCGUUGAGAAAAAAAAAGAGAAACCUACAAAAUCGCACUUUAUUGAUCUGACUGAAAUGUAAGAGUUACUAUAUAUCUACGACCACGAUUUUUUCCUUCGACCCUAAAAUAUAGUGAAGAAAAAAAAUAUAUGCAUAUAUAGAUAUAUAAAUGCGUGUAAAUUGAACAUGAGAAAUUAAUCGAUGCGAUUUUUUUUCUGCGUUAAAAUGUAUUUGUAUUAUAAAUAAAUCUAUCCAUAGUUGCAAAUGA